CAACACGAUGAUUGGCUUAACUGCCUGUAGCGUCACUGUCAGAGAGCCAAUCAGCUCCCGGGUGGGAGCGCGGAUAUUUGAAAACAGAGAUGGCGGCGGUGCGAGCCGUGCUUCGGCGUUGUGAUCCGGCCCUGCUGGAGCCCCGCGGAGAACCGGAGCCGGACUGCGACCAGGCGGCGCGGAUGGUGCUCUUCCUUACGGACCGCCGUCGCAUGCAGAAGGUUCUGUGGCGUCAGCUGUUUGUCCUCGACUCCAUGAUGUCACUGCUGGAAGGACUGGAGUCUGCCCAGCAACUGAUGGCACAGUCCUGCCCCCCCCAACCAGAGGGUGGGGCUCGGGGCAGGUGGAAGGCACUGAAGGUGGAGAGCAGGUCAGGGGUGGAGGAGACCGAGGCGCUGCUCAGAUCUCUGCAGGACAGAAUCCAACAGAUCCACGACAGACGACACACACUCACACAGCUGGCUCAGCAUCUGCAUAGCAAGAGGCAGCAGAGUGAGCAGCUGGAGUCGUUGCUGCUGAACACCCAGAAUGCUUUGCAGUCAUGUGACCUUCAGCUGGCCCAGUUGAGGGCGGAGUCAGAGGUGACGCUCGGUCACCUGAUCGAGUGGCAGCGACUUAGAGACGAGCUGCAGGUGCACGUCAGCACCACGCAGGACGUCAUGCAGAUCAACCUGCUCGCCUUCAACCAAUCAGAGCUGUGUGUGGAGCUCAGGCCACACACCUCUUCUGACUUGUUGUCCAAUGAACUGGAGCCGCUGAGGCUGUCAGUCACCUGGAGCCAUGACGACCGCUUCAGACUGCAGGUGAGCGAGGGGACGGCGGGCCUCGCGGAGGACAGCCUGACGGGCCGACGGGUGGAGCUGAGCGCCGCCCUGCUGGAGGUGAUGCGGUGUUUUGUUGGGCAGGCCGAGCUGUUGUCUGAGAUCAAGAGCCUGCGGUCCAGCUUUGCCAUUGACUGGCACCCCGCCCAGCGCCUCCUCGUCUACCUGAAGACGGCAUCGCUGGUGUGUCAGCUGGAGGUGGAGGAGGGAUACCCACGCGUGGGGCGGGCGCGCCUGCUGUCCGUUCGGCGGGACGGGCAACAUGUGGACACAUCUGGGCUGAAGCCUCCCAGCGGUGAGCUGCGUCUGACCGAGUGGUUGGUGUUUCUCUACAGCAGUCCUCUCCUCUGAACGACGUCUUCCUCCUUUACCGUUUCCUGUCUUCUCUCACACAUCCACCGGGGGUCGCUCUCUCACCUGCACAUGUGUUACCUGCCCUGAAGUGUUUUUGUCUGUGAUCACAUGACAUGAAAAUAAACCUCUGCCUGCAGGACAAA